AUGUGUUUCACACCCCAUCCCCGGUUCCCUGGGGUGUGUCAGCCGCUGUCCGUGGUCCCGGCUGGCCCUGUCACUGCUUGCCUUGGCACAGUGCGGCGGGCGGCGCAGCACUGCGGGAUGAAGGAGGCGGCCGAGCACGAGGAGUGGACGGUGUACUGGACGGACAGCACGGUCACUCUGGAGCGCCUCAUGGAAAUGAAGCGCUUCCAGAAAAUCAACCACUUCCCAGGCAUGAUCGAGCUGUGCCGCAAGGACCUGCUGGCUCGCAACCUGAACCGCAUGCUCCGGCUCUUCCCCAAGGAGUACAACAUCUUCCCCCGCACGUGGUGCCUGCCAGCAGACUACGGAGAUUUCCUUGCCUAUAGAUCCAUGAGGAAAGCAAGAACAUACAUCUGCAAGCCUGACAACAGCUGCCAGGGAAGAGGGAUCUUCAUAACCCACCACCCAGAGGAGAUCAAGCACGGGGAGCGCAUGAUCUGCCAGCAGUACAUCUCUGAGCCCUUCCUCAUCGAUGGCUUCAAGUUUGACAUGCGCAUCUACGUGCUGGUCACAUCCUGUGACCCACUGAAGAUCUUUCUCUACAAGGAGGGCCUGGCCCGGUUUGCCACCAUGAGGUACAUCGAUAACAGCACGAGAAACCUGGGUGACAUCUGCAUGCACCUGACCAAUUAUGCAAUCAACAAACACAAUGAAAAUUUCAACAAGGACGACAUGGUGGGCAGCAAGAGGAAACUGUCCACCCUGAACGCCUGGAUGGCAAAGCACAACUAUGACACAUCAAAGCUCUGGGCAGAUAUUGAUGACAUUGUUAUAAAGACAUUGAUUUCAGCUCACCCUGUGCUGAAACAUCAUUACCAGAGCUGUUUCUCCAACCGCACUACUGGCUGUGCCUGCUUUGAAAUCCUGGGCUUUGACAUUUUGCUGGAUAGAAGGCUGAAGCCAUGGCUGCUGGAGGUGAACCACUCUCCCAGCUUCAACACAGAUUCUCAGCUAGACCAUGAGGUGAAGGAUGCCCUUCUGUGUGACACUUUCAACCUGAUCAAUGUGCACGCCUGUGACAGAAAGAAGGUGCUGGAGGAAGACAAGCGGCGGGUAAAGGAACGGCUCCUGCAGGCCAGCCAGCCUCCCUGGGAGUCCAGGCGCAGGGAGCAGGAGAGCAGCCAGGCUGCCUGGCUGGCACAGGCUGAGACCUACGAGAACGAGCACCUGGGGGGCUUCCGACGCAUCUACCCAGCACCCGGGACAGAGAAGUACGAGCCAUUCUUCCAGCAGAGCAGGUCCCUCUUCCAGGAUACAGCAGCAUCCAAGGCAAGAGAAGAGCAUGCCAGGCAGCAGCUGGAGGAGAUGCGCCUGAAAAAUGAAAAGCUGGAAGCUAUCAGGAAGAAGAAAACAGAGAGGAAUAAAGGCACAACUCCUACAACCCACCUUUCCUACAGAAGCACCAAGUCAUGGGACAGAAAGGUGCAGCGUGUGCAGUACAACUCCAUGAAGCCCCAGAACAUUGUGGAACACGAAGAGAAGAGGAGACUGAAUGCUCUGCUGCAGCGUGAGAAGCAGAUCCGAGGGCUGGGCAUCACUGAGCUGCUUUCCCAGCUGCUCCCCACGGCUGAAACCCAGAGACCCUACGUGCUCCAGAGCCAGCUACUGUUUCCCUGGGAUGUCAUUGAGGAGCACAACGCCCACAAAUUAAUGAUGCUUUUCUCAUUCCUGGGAGUCCCAGCUCGGCCCUUGGCACACAGGGUUUUACCCAGCCCUGCAGCCCAGGGCCUGCCACAGCACAUGGCAGGCCCAGAUCCCAAGGACACGGAGACCCUCUGCAUUCGAGGCCAGAGCAUCCCGUGCCACGCGCGGCGCAGGGGCGCCCGGGCGCAGGGCGGGGGCUGGCAGCAGGGCCCGGCGGCGGGGGCGGCGCUCCCCCAGCCCUGCGCCCACCCCCGGGGGCAGCAGCCCAGGGAGCAGGGUCUCCCUGGCACCACCAGCCAGGCUGAAGGCUGUAACGCUGGUAGUCGGUCAUCCUCCGAUGGGGGCAGCUGUCCCCCGACGUCCCCAGCCAGCCCCCAGCAGGCCCCAUGUGAUGGCACUUCCAGCUGUGCUGUGGAGCUCCCCGCCGCCACUGCCGCGCAGCACACACACACCUCACACCGCGGCAGAGCCUCGUCGUGCCAGUGCGUCACACCACGCCGGCACCUUGCCCCGUGCCACUGCCCCUCAGAUUCACAGCCUGAAAAGCACAGGUAACACGGCCAGGGGCUCAGCCUUCCGCCCGUGCGUGCUUGCCUAAGAACCAGGACUUGCAGGAUGAAACCAGCACAGAUGCUGGCUGCCUCCAUCAACUCUGGAGUCAGCUGCUGAGCCCCCUGACCAGCACCUGGGCCCAGCACGGCUCCGGCCACCUGCCCCGGCUGCCUUCACCCCUGCCAGGGCCGGAGACUGGUGCUUGUGCCCUGCCCGCUGCACGGCCGCCUGCGCUGAAGCCCUCCGGAGGCCACCUCUCUCAGGACCCGUCGGAAGCUCCCGCGCCGGCCCCGCCCGUCCCCGGGCCUGUUCCGGGCCA